UUUGUUUUGGAGGGAGGAGAGUUGAUGGGGUGUGGGGGUGUGUGGUGGAAUAUAAUUGCCAAUAUUAUUAUUAUCAUUAUUAUUAAAGAAAGAAUCUCAUUGAAAUAAUUAUAAAUAAUCAUUGAAUGAGAAUAUGAAUUAAACCUCCAGAUGAAUGAAUGUAUUCCAUCUUUAUUGGAAUUUAUUAAUCAUACAAAUAAAUUAAAUUCUUCAUUAAAUAAUAAUGAUAAAAUUACAAAUUAUAGUCUUAUAAAAUUUGGUACAGAAUUUAGUAAAAUUCAUGGUCCAUUAAGUUUAGCUGUAUGUAUAUUUGGUAUACCAGCUAAUUUAGUGAAUAUUAUUGUAUUAACACGACGUGAAUUAGCACAAACUGCUACAAAUCAUUUAUUAUUAUGGUUAGCUGUUGCUGAUUUAUUAUUAAUGAUAUUAUAUGCACCAUGUUUAUAUCAUUUUUAUAUUAUUCAUCCACAUCCAAUGAAAAAUCCAAUUUAUACACCAAGUAAAUUAUGGAUUAUAUAUCAAGAAAUAGUUGUUAGUUGUGCAUUAAUGUUACAUUCAUUAGCAUUAUGGUUAGCUGUAUUAUUAGCAUUAUUUCGUUAUAUCCAUGUAGGUUUUCCAAUGUCUGGUUCAAUAUAUACAACACGUAAAAGAGCAUUUAUAUCUGCAUCAUUAACAACAUUAUUUUGUAUUAUUGUAUCCAUACCAAAUAUAUUAGUUAAUCAUUCAGAAUCAUGUUUAGGACCAAUAUUAAAUUAUAAAUCAAAUAAUGACAAAUUAUUUAAUAAAAAUAUACAAAUUUAUUAUUAUAUAACAUCGGAACCAGAUUUUAAUGAAAUACAUUCAUUACAAUAUAUCAAUAUAACAAUUAAACAAUUAAAUGGUUGGAGAACAAAACAAUUACAUAAUUUCAAUGUAUGGUUACAAGCUGUUAUAACAAAAAUUGCACCAUCAUUUUUAUUAACUAUAUUAACUAUUUUAUUAAUUAUUGAAUUACAAAAAUCAAUAAAACGUCGUAAAUUAUUAUUUUUACAUCGUGAUAAAUCAUUAUCUAUUAUACAAUCUACAUCGAUACCUCCAUUAUAUAAUGAUGAAAGUAAAAAAUUAAAUCGUGAAACACGUACAACAGCAUUAUUAUUAACUAUUGUAUUAUGUUUUCUUGUAAUUGAAUUACCUCAAGGUAUAUUAGUAACAUGUAUACAUUUAAUUGAUAAAUUUGAAGAGAAUGUUUAUCAACAUUUAGGUGAUUUAUUAGAUUUUUUAACAUUAUUAAAUGAAUCAAUUAGUUUUAUUAUAUAUACAACUAUGUCAUAUCAAUUUCGUCAAACAUUUGUAAAUAUAUUUUGUCCAUUAUUAAUUCAUAAAUCAAUUAUAUAUCAUGAACAACCAACGAAUACAAUACAAUAUCGUCAACAAUAUCGUAUAUCACCAAUAAAACAUUAAAUAAUCAAUGAAUUAUAUAAUAAAUUCAAUGACACUUUUUAAUUAACUAAUUCACUUGGAUACAAAUGAAUGAUGAUGAUGAUGAUGAUGAUGGUGAACUAUUAAGAAGAAUGAAUUAUUAUUAUUGAGAAUAGAAGUUUAUUAUAAACUUCUAUACAAUUGAAUAAUAAACUAAGAGAAGAAUUAAAAUAGAGAUAUUGUGGUUCAUAAGUUUUACACCUAAUGAAAUCCUUCAUAGAAACUAAUAAAGUAUAUGAAAUGGUUCAAUUUAUAAUUGUUACUAUACAAAUAAUAUUCAUUUAAAUGUAACACUUAUCUAUUACAAUAUUGAAUAUAUAUUGUGUAUAAUUAUUUAUGCUUUGAAAUUAAUCAAUAAAUAGAGAUAAUUUACUAUGUGAAAAUGAAAAAAAAACAAAAAACAAAAAUAAAAAUAAACAAAAACAAAAAAGGAAAAAAAAGGAAAGUAGUUUGAGUUUUUUUUGUGCAACAUAUACUGUUUAUUAUUUCAUAAUAUAUAUUCAUUGAAAAAAUAUUUUGAAAAAUCAAUCAGAAUUUUUUCUCUCCAUAGAUACACAAAAAGAAACAUUAUUUAGUUGCUAAGUGAAUAGAUUUAUUUAUAGUAAUAAUAAAAUUCUGCUACGAAUUCAUAUAAAAUUUGAUUUUAGAUAAUAUUUAUCAGGGUAUUUUUUUUAUAUAUUUUAAGAGAUUACUUAUUAAUAAAGUAU